AUGUCUGAAACAGCGAUUUCAAUGAGUGAAAAUAAUCAAAAUAAUAUACAAGAUAGUGAUAAAUUCUAUCCAAUCACAACAAACACUAUACAAUCAAAUAUGUGCCCUGAUAAACUACUGAAUAUAUCACCAAUAUAUUCAGUUAAAAAUCUAAUACAUGAAUUAAAUUCCAGUUCAUCAGUGACUUCAAAUAAAACUGUAGUAAAAACAUCGUUUUGUCCAAACGUUACCUUAAAUGGAGAGAUAAAUUUAUUUACUAUUUCUAAUUAUAACACAAAUUCUUCUACAAAUGAAACUAUAUCAUUUUGUACAAAACAAAGUGACAGCAUCAUUUCUACUAAUGUUAGUAAUAGUAAUAGUCUUGACCGGUCAACUUAUAUAAUUCUAUCACAAAAUAAUUGUAUACCGUUUUAUACAUUACAAAGAAAUUCAUUUUAUAAAUCAGCUUAUCGGCCACAGUUAUCAUUAUCUUGUCAACCAUCACCAAACAUCUCAUAUAAUCGUACAUUUUCUAAUGAUAUUAAUAACAAUUUAAUAAGUCAGUCACAUGGAAACGGACACCAAAACUCUAUCAAUGUCACUGAAACUUUGAAAUAUCCUUCAGAAAACAUAAACAAUAGUUCACUCUCAGUCAAAUAUGGUUUAAAAAAUAGUUGUCAAUCACCAAAUGAAAGUUCAUCAUUUAAAUUGAAAAAUCAUUUUCAUCGAUUUUUGAAAUAUUCAUCGAAAUUUGGAGGUUUUACAAGAUCAGAAAAUAAUUCACCUGCAUUAUUAUCAUCCUCAACAUCACCGGUUCACCCAAAUCAACAACCACUUAAAAAUGCUUAUACAUCUAGAUACAGUGCUUGGGAUCCUAUGAUAUCAUCGAGUAGUGUUAAACUAAUUGAUACGUGUUUAAUUAAAAAAUCUUCUGGCUUUGGGUUGACGUUGAGUGGAGUUAUAACAUUUAUUCCAAAUGGUAUAUUAGAUUUCAACGUUAUAUCUAAUUUAUCGGACAAGCAAGAAGGCUUCUAUCAACGUUUAUUACAGAUACGAAGUGUGAGUGAUGAUGUAAUGACAUAUGAUAAUGAUUUAGUCCAAUCACGUGGAAAGAAUAAUUCGAUACGACCUGGUGAUAUAUUACUUGCUGCCGGUGGAUGUCGCUUAGCUGGUUGCACUCCUGAAUAUGCUGUACAGUUGUUAGCCAAGGUUCCAGUAGGCAGCGCUGUUCAAGUUACUUUACUUCGAGGACUAGGAAUUCCUGGAAUUUAUUCUGUAAACGAAGAUCGUAACUAUGCCAAACAUCUUUAUGAACCGAGAUCAUUCAGUUUGUGUUCUUCAAUGAGCAGUUCCUCAGAAUUGUCGCCAAAAAAGAUAACUUCAGAUUUUGAAUCUCAGAACGGAUCGAAAUUUGCGAGAUCCUACAUGGAACACUUUUGUUCAAAUUGUUGCAAUUCUCUACGAACUGUAAAUUUGAUUAAAAAAGAAAAUGAUUAUGGAUUCACUUAUUUUUAUACGAAUUAUGGAUGUUUGGUUAAUCAGGUAACCAGAAACAACAUCAAUCAGUUAAAUAAAACAAAAUUACAACCAGGUGAUUUGAUAGUGAAAAUUGGCAAUUUUGAUGUAGUUAAACUGACCAAAACUCAAUUUUCACAAUUAUUAAAUGUAUACUUAAAAUCUAAAUCGAUACAGUUUACUGUGAUUCACGUUUGCACAAGUUGUUUAAAACAAGUAAAUCAAGCAAAUAUUCAUUUGAAUUCUAAUAAAUCUACAAAUAAUUAUUUGAAUUUAAACAAAACCACUAUCAUACCAACUAAAGAAACAGUAACAGAAACAAAUAAAGAUGAAAUGAUUUCUUUCUUACGAACAGUAUUAAAUAAAAAUUGUCAUGGAAAAAAAUCCACAAAUCAUAAUCUACAAACAAAUGAUAAAAAACACUUCUUUGAAUACUUCUGA